AUGAGAGCAGACUCAGCCUCGGGAAGAAUUGGAUACUCAAAAGUUGAGCAGGCGUGCAAAAUCGCACUGGAUUUAGGAUAUCGCUAUCUCUGGAUGGAUACAUGCUGCAUCGACAAGACAAGCAGUGCGGAAGUGUCACAGGCCAUCAACUCGAUGUUUCAAUACUACCAAAAAGCCGAGUACUGUAUCGCGUUCUUAUCGGACUGGGACCCAACAUCGAGAGAUGGAUUGAGGGAGUCGAGGUGGUUCAAACGCGGGUGGACGCUUCAGGAACUGCUGGCCCCGAAGCGCGUGGAGUUCUACGACGCGAAUUGGCAGUGUCGUGGCGACAAAAUCGAAUUGAGCGAGGAUAUCCAGGCUGCAGCGAAAAUCCAGCGCGGGGUGUUGAAUGGCUCCAUUUUACUUGAGGAUGUCCCAGUAGCAGUACGGAUGUCGUGGGCAUCCUCUCGUGAAACCAAGUACAUCGAAGACACCGCAUACUGCCUACUUGGUAUCUUUGAUAUCAACAUGCCGCUGUUAUACGGAGAAGGAAAUAAAGCUUUCUUGCGACUACAGGAAGAGCUCAUCAAGCAAAGCAGGGAUAUGUCAAUCUUUGCAUGGCGUAGCAAGGACAAUGCGCAGAAGUACACUGGUCUCUUGGCGACCUCUCCAGAGCUGUUUGUGAGGAUGGACACGUUGGUUUUCAGCCCGGAUGCUUUGGCUCAGUCUCGAGAGUACAACAUCACCAAUCGCGGCAUACGAUUCCAUCUGCCGCUCACUCAAGAUGAAGAGAGUGGCUACUUUUUGCUGCCAGUCAAUCAUGGAUACAUCGAGGGAGAGAACCUCGCCGUAUUCCUCCGGCAGGUCGGGAUGGACCUAUUCGUUCGCGCUCGACCUUGUGAGAGGCUUGAGCCACUGGCUAGUGGUGACGAAGGAAGACAACAACUUCAACUUGCGGACAGAUCUUUUCACGUCAAGAUCCUCUCCCUCGAGCAGUCAAAGACAAUCGACACACAUGUCCUGCCUAUCCAAGCGCCAGAAGAACUGACGUUAGUCUGCGUAGAGCCUACAGGCAGCUGGUCGCCUUCGGAGAAGAUAUUGUAUGCUGGGCACACUGGUGUGUUCGUGGGAUAUAUGCAUUACUCAUCGUCAGAGUGGUCAGACGCUUUUGAUACCUUCGUUUUGGUCUGUCACUUCGCUAAGAACCAAUGGAGGUAUGAUCUUGUGCGUGGUGACGAUUGGACGGAAAUCAAGCCCCAGUUUUACGAACGUUAUAGGAAUGGAGUCAAUCUGGGAGAUGGAGAUGCCAAGCUUGUACUACCUCAUCUCUGGGAAGAACACAAUGCCAAAGUGGUAGAGACUGUCCUUCGAGAUGGGCGCUUGAGAAUUCACAUCAGCCAUGAGUAA